AUGGCCGCUGCUACUGGAAUUCCCGAGGCCCACGAACCUUUACUAGGCCAACGGGAUGAUCUCGAGUUCCCAGCGGAGCCACGCGAGAAGAUCUUCGUCAAUUUUAUCACAGGCAAGCGGCGAUCUCCUAGGCUCUUCGGCGUCUCCGCAUUGCUGCUGCAGGUGCAGGCAGCUCUCAUCCUCCAGCCUACGUCCACCCCACAGCAAAAGCAGCUAGGGACUCACAUCCACUACGGCAUUCAGCUGGCUAGCAUCCUUUGCUUUUUGGGGGCCUUCACCAUCAUCGAGAUCAACAAGCGCGACCACCCACAUUUUGUUUCCCUACACGGUAUCCUCGGACUACUCACGGUCAUCUCCGUCGUGCUACAGGCUCUCGUCGGAGUUGCGCAGUUCUUCCUCCCCGUUACCAUCUUUGGCAGUGUUGACGCGGGCAAACGGAUUUAUAAAUAUCAUCGGUGGAGCGGCUAUGUUCUGCUAUUGCUGGAGACUGCGCUUUUCCUGGCGGCGACGCAGAUAGGAAUCCUAGUCAUUCCCACUUGGUCGGUCGUCUUGACCUUGAUCUUGAUUCUGCUUGGUCUGGGGACCAGGAUCAAAAAGCACAAGCUCGCUCUCAACUUCCAAUAUCCAAAGCGACUCUCACCGCCGCGCACUUUCGCCGCAUCUCGCCAGGUCCAUCAGAUUCUCCGCCCUGCAACUGCCCCGAAGCCCACCCCAGACGUCAAAAAUAUCCGCCAAAAUGCCGAGCUCCACGCCAGGAAUUGCGUAGAGCGGAACUAUGCCGCUCAUGCGGGGUACCCAUCGAAGAUUCAAACUUUGUCCGAAGAGGUCAGGCAACUCGACCACGAUCUGAAGAUGCCACGAUCCCGCAUCAAACACCUCGAGAAGACCAUCGCGAGGCUGUCAAUUGCAGCACGCCAGGAGGCCGACAUGGAUGGGACGACUGGCAAUAAUGCUAAGGGGGAGCUUUCAACCCUCAAGUCAGAGGCACAGCGAUUAAAAGACGAGUCACACGCCAUGACAGUGCGCAAGUCGACCUGCGACGAUGAAAUCAACCGCAUCGCCUUAUCCCUCCCGAACCUCUCAUCCGCGGAAACCCCAAUCGGAGAUGACCCUUGUCUAGUCAGUUACCUCAAUCUUGACCCGAAUACGCCACCCACAUGGACGCGCCAGUCACCGGCGGAGCUCACAGCCCGAUCGCACGUUACAAUCGGUACCAAGCUGGGCCUCAUCGACUUCGCCAGCUCUGCAACAACAACUGGGUGGGGAUGGUAUUUUCUCAUAAACGAGGGAGCAAUGCUGGAGCAGGCCCUAGUCCAGUACGCACUGACUGUUGCACGGCGUCGUGGAUGGCGAACUGUCGCACCACCAUCAAUCGUUUACUCCUACAUCGCAGAGGCGUGUGGGUUCCAACCGCGCGAUCAGAAUAAUGAGCAACAGAUCUGGUCCAUUGAACAGAAUGAACGGGAUCGGAAUACCAAACCCCAACGCUCCUUGACCGGCACUGCAGAGAUCCCACUUGCGGCCAUGUAUGCAGGUCGCGACAUCGACGCUGGCGAUCUGCCUCUGAAGCUGGUAGGCGCCAGUCGCUGCUACCGCGCCGAAGCGGGCUCGCGUGGUGUCGAUACCAAGGGUCUGUAUCGAGUCCACGAGUUUACCAAGGUGGAAAUGUUCGGCUGGGCCGACAAUGUUCCCACCGACUCCUCCGGUUCCACCAAAGCAACUUCCGAUGACAUUUUCUCUGAGCUGCUGGACAUUCAGACCGAAAUCUUGACAUCUUUGCACCUUCCUUGCCGCGUGUUGGAGAUGCCAAGCACUGAUCUUGGAGCGAGCGCAAGUCGCAAGCGUGAUAUCGAGGCCCUUUUCCCCUCGCGAUUCCGCCCAACUACUACCCCCACUGGACCUGACCCAGCCUUGGAAUGGUUGGAGUCAGCUUGGGGUGAAGUGACCUCCGCUUCUAUCUGCACAGACUACCAGAGUCGACGAUUGGCGACUCGUGUCCGUGGCGGUGCAGUCAAGGACUCUCGCUUCCCGCAUACCGUUAAUGGUACAGCAAUGGCCGUUCCACGCGUGUUGGCUGCUAUCUUGGAGAAUAACUGGGAUGCAGAGAAUGGCGUUGUCGUUAUCCCGGAGGUUUUGCGCCCUUGGAUGGAUGGAAUGGAGACGAUUGGUCGACGAGAUUAA